UGCGCCUGAGCCGCGGCUUCCUCAGCUGGCUGAGGAGAGGGUCGGUGGCUCCGUGGGACGCCAUGGCGACGUCAAGGGUUCGCCUCUGUCUGUCAAACGCCGCAGUCGUCUGCGAUGGCGUCAACUGUCGGAAAAGGAAAUAAGUGCAUCCAUAGCAAAAGUGGGAUUUAGCCACCAUGGAGCUUGCUCACAGUUUGUUAUUAAAUGAAGAAGCUUUGGCUCAGAUUACAGAAGCAAAGCGACCAGUUUUCAUCUUUGAGUGGCUGCGGUUUCUUGACAAAGUGCUUGUGGCUGCUAACAAGACGGAUGUAAAAGAAAAGCAAAAAAAGCUUGUUGAACAGCUCACUGGUCUUAUCAGCAGUUCCCCUGGACCACCCACCCGGAAAUUACUUGCAAAAAAUCUUGCUGCUCUGUACAGCAUUGGAGACACCUUUACCGUAUUUCAGACCCUUGAUAAGUGUAAUGAUAUUAUCAAAAGUAAAGAUGAUACUUCUGCCUACUUACCAACCAAACUCACUGCAGUGGCUUGUGUUGGAGCAUUUUAUGAAAAAAUGGGGAGAAUGCUGGGCAGCUCUUUUCCGGAAACAGUUAAUAAUCUCUUAAAGUCUCUGAAAAGUGCUGAGUCCCAGGGCCGGAGUGAAAUUUUAAUGAGUUUGCAGAAAGUCCUGAGUGGGCUGGGUGGUGCAGCAGCUUCUUGCCAUCGCGAUAUUUAUAAGAAUGCCCGAUCUCUCUUGACUGACAGAGCUAUGGCUGUGCGGUGUGCAGUGGCUAAGUGCCUACUGGAACUACAAAAUGAAGCUGUGUUUAUGUGGACUGCAGAACUAGAAAAUGUAGCAACUCUGUGUUUUAAGGCUCUGGAAAACUCAAAUUAUGGUGUACGAGUUGCAGUAUCCAAACUUUUGGGGACAGUUAUGGCUACAGCAUUGAUACCAAAGCAAGCUGCAGUGAUGCGCCAGAAUGUAAAGCGAGCUACACUGGAAGAGGUCUUAGAACUAAUGGCCACUGGUUUUCUGCGAGGUGGGUCUGGAUUCCUAAAAAGUGGUGGUGAAAUGUUAAAAGUGGGAGGAUCUGUCAAUCGAGAAGUGCGAGUUGGAGUUACACAGGCCUACGUUGUCUUUGUCACAACACUAGGAGGUCAGUGGCUGGAGCGCAAUUUUGCUACAUUCUUGUCGCAUGUGCUGGAUCUAGUGUCUCAUCCUCGUGCGACUCAGACUCAUGUAGAAGCUGUGUACUCUCGAAGAUGUGUCUCUUUUAUCCUCAGAGCAACUGUUGGAAGUUUAUUGGGGGAGAAGGCACAGAUUGCAGCUGCCAAAGAUAUCUGCCAGGCUAUUGGUAAACAGAUGAAGGCAGUAGAAGCAGUUGUGAAUGAUGCUAAUAUUGAAAACAAAUCGGGAGCAGCUGACGUUGCUGCCAGCCAGCACGUGAUGGUUUGUGCCCUUCAAGAGCUUGGGAGCUUAGUUCAGAGCCUGAAUGCCACUGCAUCUCCUCUUAUACAAGAACCUUCUAUAGGCUUGCUUGAGACAGUUACUUCAGUUCUUCUUCAUCCAAGUAUGGCUGCUCGACUUGCUGCCGCGUGGUGCUUGCGCUGCGUAGCCGUGGCCUUGCCUUUCCAAUUGACCCCGUUCUUGGACCGGUGUGCAGAAAGGCUCAACAAUCUGAAGACCUCGCCUGAAGCUGUUAGCGGUUACAGUUUUGCAAUGGCAGCUUUGUUAGGCGGAGUCCAUCAGUGUCCUCUAGGUAUUCCCCAUGCAAAAGGAAAGAUGGUUGUUAGUAUUGCUGAGGAUCUCUUACGAACUGCUGCUCAAAACAGCAGAUUGUCCUUACAGCGAACCCAGGCUGGAUGGCUUUUGCUUGGUGCUCUAAUGACUUUAGGUCCUUCAGUUGUUCGUUACCAUCUCCCCAAAAUGUUGUUGCUGUGGCGAAAUGUGUUCCCCCGUUCCCUCAAGGAGCUGGAAGCAGAGAAAGCUCGUGGAGAUUCUUUUACAUGGCAAGUAACGUUGGAAGGACGUGCAGGAGCUCUCUGUGCUAUGAGGAGUUUUGUUGCUCACUGUCCUGAACUUCUAACAGAAGAUGUUAUCCGAAAACUGAUGACCCCUAUAGAAUGUGCUAUGACAAUGAUGUCUCAUAUUCCCUCUGUAAUUAAAGCCCAUGGAGCUCAUCUGAAGGCUAGUGCAGCAAUGGUCCGGUUAAGACUUUAUGACAUCUUGGCAUUGUUACCACCAAAAACAUAUGAAGGAUCAUUCAAUGCACUUCUUCGGGAGCUAGUAGCGGAAUUUACUUUGACAGACAACUCAGCUAAUACUACUACAUCCCUCCUUAGAUCACUUUGCCAUUAUGAUGACAGUGUUCUUCUUGGCUCCUGGCUACAGGAAACAGACCAUAAAUCAAUUGAAGAUCAGCUCCAGCCAAACAGUGCCUCCGGAAGCGGUGCUCUAGAACAUGACCCGUCUUCCAUUUACUUGCGCAUCCCUGCUGGUGAAGCUGUUCCUGGUCCUCUUCCUUUGGGAGUAUCUGUAAUUGAUGCUUCGGUUGCUCUCUUUGGAGUGGUUUUCCCUCAUGUUUCCUACAAACACAGGCUACAGAUGUUGGAUCAUUUUGCAGAAUGCGUCAAGCAGGCAAAAGGUGUUCGUCAGCAAGCUGUGCAGCUUAAUAUUUUUACUGCUGUUCUCAGUGCAUUGAAGGGCUUAGCUGAAAAUAAAAGUACUUUAGGACCCGAAGAAGUUCGCAAGUCUGCCUUGACUCUAGUUAUGGGGGCUCUUGACAAUCCUAAUCCCAUUCUGAGAUGUGCUGCAGGAGAAGCUCUUGGCAGAAUGGCACAGGUGGUUGGAGAAGCAACUUUUAUAGCCAGGAUGGCUCAGUACAGCUUUGACAAGCUGAAAUCUGCUAGAGACGUUGUAUCAAGAACAGGUCAUUCCUUGGCUCUUGGCUGCCUCCAUCGUUAUGUUGGUGGAAUAGGUUCUGGGCAGCACCUGAAAACCAGUGUCAGCAUUCUGUUAGCACUGGCACAAGAUGGAACAUCUCCUGAAGUUCAGACGUGGUCUCUUCAUUCACUUGCCUUAAUAGUGGAUUCCAGUGGCCCAAUGUACCGUGGAUAUGUGGAACCCACUCUAUCUUUGGUUCUCACCUUACUUCUGACAGUGCCUCCAUCACACACAGAAGUACACCAAUGUUUGGGUCGAUGUCUAGGAGCUAUAAUAACAACCGUUGGUCCUGAGCUGCAAGGUAAUGGAGCCACCAUUUCUACCAUCCGCUCCUCAUGCCUAGUGGGGUGUGCAAUUACACAAGAUCAUUCGGACUCCCUUGUUCAGGCAGCUGCCAUUUCCUGCCUUCAACAGCUUCACAUGUUUGCCCCACGGCAUGUUAACCUUUCCAGUCUCGUUCCCAGUCUUUGUGUUCACCUGUGCAGCUCCCAUCUCCUACUUCGUCGGGCUGCAGUAGCAUGUCUGAGGCAGCUUGCUCAGAGAGAAGCCGCUGAAGUAUGUGAAUACGCCAUGAGCUUAGCAAAAAAUGCCGGUGACAAAGAAAGUAAUGGCAUGAAUAUUAAUUCUUUUGCUCCAGGACUUGGCUCCCGAAGGGAUAUUCAUGGACGACAUCAAGGCAUUAAUAUCACAGAGACUGGACUUGAGGGAGUUCUUUUUGGAAUGUUAGAUCGGGAGACUGAUCGGAAAUUGUGCUCUGAUAUUCACGAUACCUUAGGACAUAUGCUUUCAUCUCUGGCAGUGGAUAAACUCUCUCACUGGCUAAUGUUAUGUAAGGAUGUCCUUGCAGCAUCCAGUGACAUGACCACUACAGCUCCCUUGGGAGGCGAAAAAGAUGAAGACUCAGAGAAGAAAGAUGAAAUGGAUGAUGAUACGAUGUUUACUACGUUGGGUGAAGAAGACAAAUCAAAGCCUUCUGUGGCACCUCGCUGGGCUACUCGAGUGUUUGCUGCUGAUUGCCUGUGUCGCAUUAUCAUGCUUUGUGAAAAUGCAAACAAAGCCCACUUUGAUCUAGCUUUGGCUCGUUCUGCAAAACUAAGAAACCCUAAAAAUGAUCUUCUAGUGCUUCACCUCUCUGAUCUUAUUCGUAUGGCAUUUAUGGCUGCAACUGACCACAGCAACCAGUUGCGAAUGGCUGGCCUCCAAGCGCUUGAAGACAUUAUCAAGAAAUUUGCAGCAGUUCCUGAACCAGAGUUUCCAGGCCAUGUGAUCCUAGAACAAUAUCAGGCUAAUGUUGGAGCUGCUUUAAGGCCAGCUUUUUCACAGGAUACUCCUUCAGAUAUAACAGCAAAAGCUUGCCAGGUGUGCAGCACCUGGAUAGGAAGCGGAGUGGUAAGCGACCUUAACGAUCUUCGCCGUGUUCACAACCUCCUUGUCUCUUCUCUGGACAAAGUGCAAACAGGAAAGGGCUCUUCCAGCCAGCUUUAUAGGGAGAGUGCCACUACGAUGGAGAAACUGGCAGUACUUAAAGCUUGGGCUGAGGUGUAUGUAGUAGCUAUGAAGAUUAAAAAAGAAGCAGAGACUAAACCAAAGAAAGCAGUAAAGAAUGGGGGUGAUGACGAUGACGACGAUUAUAAUACAGAAGAUGAGCUGCCACCAGACAGUCUGAUAACACUUGUUCAACCAGAACUGCCCACUCUUAGCCGCCUCUGGCUAGCUGCACUGAAGGACUACGCCCUUCUGACUUUACCAGCAGAAUUUGCAAGUCAGCUUCCUCCUGAUGGUGGAGCUUUUUACACUCCAGAGACAAUUGAUACAGCUAGGCUUCAUUACCGGAAUUCAUGGACUCCAAUUCUGCACGCAAUUGCACUGUGGCUAAACAGUACAGGAUUUAAUACUUCUGAAACAACAGAAGAUGCAUCAGCAGCAAUACCGAAUCCACAGAAACGUGCCACAUCCAUUAUGUUAAACCCGGCACCUGGAACACCACCUUCAACCAAACCUUUACAAGAAAUAAACAAAGAUAGAAUGCAUUUAAUUUUGGGUGUUAGUAUACAGUUCCUCUGUUCUCCUCGACCUGAAGAGCCUGUUGAACAUGUUACAUCCUGUUUGCAAGCGCUGCAUACUUUACUGGAUUCCACUUGUGCUAGAACCCAUAUUGCAGAGGAUCAGCUCCUUGGUGUUGAACUUCUGAGCGUGCUGCAUCGACUCCUGUUGACCUGCAAUCCUCCAUCAGUCCAACUAUUAGUGACAGGCGUUGUGCAGCAGAUUGUAAGAGCUGCUCAGGAUUGUUUACAAGAAAAAAGAAACAAUUUCAAUGAAGAAGAUGCAAAGGAAAAAGACACAAGCGCUACAUUGGGUGAAGGAGGAGAAAGUGGGGGUCUUGUGCCUGGAAAAUCUCUUGUUUUCGCUGCCAUGGAGCUGCUGAUGUUUAUCCUAGUACGACACAUGCCACAUCUGAGCACAAAAAUGUCGGAUUCUCCAAGUCAUCUCUCCAAUAGAACCCAGCUCCCAGAAGAAAGUGCUCGCCUUGUGGCUGCCAGUGUUGCCAUUCUGUCUGAUCUGCCCACUCUCUGUUCUCCAGCUGGAUGCAUGACGAUAUUGCCCACAAUCCUAUUUCUAAUAACCCAAGUGUUGAGAGAUACUGCGAUAAAAACAGCGGGAAAUCAGGUCCCGCUGCCAGUCACUGCAGCACUUCAAGGACUGAAAAACAUUGUAACUUUUCCAAUGACCAUGAAUGAAGACAUUCACAAACAGUGGACAAAUCUUAUCCGGAGCACCCUAGCCUCAAUCUUAGAAUACUCUCAACCAGAGGCCUCAAAGCCUACUUUGGAUGAAGUAAGCAUGCUUACAGCUAUUGCACUCUUCCUUUGGUCUGCAAGCACAGAAAUAAUUGGAGUGCAGUCAUUGCAGAAUGGCUGCAUGAACAGAUUCAAAGUAGCACUGAAUUCAUCUGAUCCUUGGGUUCAAGCCAAAUGCUACCAGCUUCUACUUUCUGUAUUCCAACACACCAAUCGUGCCCUUUCAACCCCAUAUAUCCAUUCAUUGGCACCAAUAAUGGUUGAGAAACUGAAAAGUGUAGAGAAGAACCGCCCAAACAACAAAACAGAACUUUUAGCAAUCCAAGAAGGAAUUAAAGUUCUCGAAACACUAGUGGCUCUUGGUGAGGAGCAGAAUAGAGUCCAGCUGCUUGCUCUUCUUGUUCCCACCCUCAUAUCUUAUUUACUGAAUGAAAAUGCUUUCACUUCUGCAUCCAUGGUAUCGAAAGAACUCCAUGAGCUUGCCCUCCAAGACCUUACACGCAUUGGACCUCUCUAUCCUCAUGCAUUCAAGACGGUGAUGGGCGCAGCCCCUGAACUGAAAGCACGGCUGGAAACGGCAGUGCGAGCAAGCCAGGCAAGCAAAGCGAAGGCAGCUGCCAGGCAACCACCACCUACAGCACAUUCCACCCCAACCAUUAAACUCAAGACUAGCUUUUUCUGAUUUAUUUUUGUUGGGACCAAGCAGAAAAUAGAUCACCAAGCAAUACAUCAUUCCUUUUGUGCUGCUCUAGAGCACGCUCUGUGUUUUUCAUUGUUUGUCAAAGGCUGUCCUAUGUGUGUUAUGACUUGAAAUCUGUGCAUUAUAAGGGGCCUAAUAUAAUCUGUAUGUACAUAGAUUUUUAUGAAAUGGAAUAAGUUUGAUCAUGCAUCUGAGUCUGUGUUAAACUGUCUCCUAUAACAAA